UAAAUAAUCUUCAGCACUAAAAAUUCAGCUUUAAAUUCUUUGUUUUUGUUUUUUGUACCUACGUUAAUUACACAAACAAAUUGAGCCAAUGCAUUAUUAUCGCAGCCAACAGAAAAGGUUAAAGUGCCAACACCAAAGUGGCGCAACCGCCGCAACAACAACAACAAUAUCGACCUCUACAACAACAACAACAAUUGCUACUGCUACCAUUAACAGCAACGCCAUUGCUGCAACAACAAAUAUAAAUUUCACAUUGCUAACAGUUGGCUUCUUGUUGGUGUUUCAAGUAUUUACCUGUUCUUUGCUCUUCUUUAAUCAUCUGCAUAAGCUGUACUCAACAACAGCAACAACAACAGCGGCAACCACUAUUUACUAAUGCUCAAGUGAUAUUCGGUCACCGCUUUUAGGGCAAAUCUUCUUUUUUUAUUUUGUUUUAUUUUUUAUUAUUAUUUUUUUAUGGUAAAGUGUUCUAAAAAGCGCAUUGUCGGCGGUCACUUUGCUAGUUCGUGCGGAAUUUGUCGGGUUGAAGGUGUUUCAGAGCACUCACCGUCAUUGAGUAACACAUACAUACAUACAUAUGUACUUAUAAACGCAUACGCUCACCGGUUUAAGCCUUCUGUUGUAUGUGCAAGCGAAAAAUAUGUGUCACUUCGAUUGAAGGGAAGGUGAAAGAGCUAAAGUUAUUUGCAUAUUUCCCAAUAAGGCUUCUAAAUAAAGCGAAUUUGGUUCAGUAAUUUCAUUUUUUUUUUAAUACGCGAAGCGCAAAGAAUUCUUUUAUGGAAAGUUCGUUGAAGCAGAAUACGACAUUUUUGUAAUGUUUUUUUUUUUUUUUAAAUUUUCUUCGACGUGUUUGAGGUUAAUGAGCACAAUCCGGCCAAAGUGGACAUUUUAAGCCGCGUAUUAAUGCGCAUUAAGUGCCUGAGACAGCAGCAGAGGCAGCGCGGCGCUGAAAAGUGAGCAUAAUGAAUCGUUUACGCACGCAAAAAUUCAAACUAAAUACAGACAACAACACUGAGAACGGCAUUGCUGGUAGCAACGACAACGAUGGCAACAACACACUACCACAACAGAGCAGCGGCCUAUUCAAUAAGCUAACGAAGCGUUACUCCACGCUCAGUCAUCGCAUCACGCGUCGCCAUAAUGCCGGUCGCAAAGGCAGUGCACCGCAGAAAGUCGCCUCAGGCAGUUACGAUAUGACCGGUGCGCAUUCGGAUGAUCAUCGAUUGGAGAUUGGUGCGCCAGUGCUGAUAUCGACAACCACGCUGGAUGCGGACCGUUUCGAUGUGAGUGAGGAGCGCCUACGACAAAUUGGUGGUGGCAUAGCUGUGACCAGCACAAUGGUGCGCACCAUCAAUAUACACUCUUCACCGCAAAUGCCCUCAUCGGGCAGUGAGACUGAGGUGUUUGCAGAUGCUUUGAGUACGCCACCGGUGACUGCGGAUGAAUCUGCAGAGGCGGCUGGUGAGGAGGAGGAGGAGAAGUACGAGCUGGCGUUGAGCACACCAAAGAAGUUGUCCGAUGCGGAAGCGCCGACGGAAAUUGACAAUGCCGCUGCAGCAGCUGCAGCAGCAGCAGCCACCUUUGCCAAAAAUCGUCCUUAUUUACAAUUGCCCAUCUUCCCUGUGCCAGAAUUUGACUUGCAUGAUGUGUCCACCACAUCGGCGGAAUCACCAGCGAGCAGCUCAAGUGCGGAAAAGCGUGUUGUUGCUUCCAUGCUCAGUGCCGUCGUCGCUGAAAGAGUGUUGUCACCCACGAAGCCACGUAUACCGACGCCACCACCGAAAUUACGUCGUCGCCAGCACUCGAAGUCCGCACAGAAUUUACACCGUGCAGAAAUGAAGAUUUACCUCGAGAAGACGCCAUCCAUGACUUUGAAUACGAGUUUACCUGCUGUUGAAGUAGAUAAUUUUCGCGAUUUACCACGUCUGCCGGAGCUUUACGGCGUUAGUAAAUGCAGUCUCGCCCCAAGCGAUUAUGAGGAUAACGAUGCUGAUAAGGAGAACUCCACGCCCUCGACAGAAUUGUCGCCGCCGCCACAAUGCAAAAGUGACCCGAAUACGCCUAUGUGCGCUGAGCAAAAGGUGACCGGCUAUCUUUCACAACAAAUGCAUUUCAAGAGCGUGGACUCACUGGACAUGCAUAAUUCGAAUGGCAAACGUCGCAGUGUGGUCUUCUCCAGCAAUACUUCUAUCAAUCAGCGCGGCUCUAAGAACAGUCUGACAAGUCACGCCAGCACCAUCGAAGAACUCGAUCUAAAAUCUGUUAGUUGCCAAAGUCUGCAUCCGCAAAGCCUCUUUGUGUCCAUUGACGAGCUCAACGAGAUCACGCGCCAGAUCAACGAAUCGGAGGAGUUCAAUCAAGAGAUCAUCGAUUUGGAAUAUUGCCAGCAUCGCGAUAAUCUGAAGCCCAGUGAGCGUCGUAUUACGUUGCUGAAGAAUAAAAACUCGCGCCUAAUCAAUUUCUACCACAAUAGGGAUAAGAUUAAGAAGAGUUGGCAUGGCGUGAAACACUGGAUUGGCGAAGAGAGCACUAAGCUGAAGGAGGUGGUGCAGAAGCAAGCGAACCUACAGCGUGUGGCCACAUCGAAACUCAGUUUGAACAACUCUGAGUGUCGUCAGUCGCCGUCGGUGCAUGGUAGUGUAUUGUUGCGGGGCGGUGAUAGUCGGCUGGGGCUAUCGAUUGUGCGCGAUAGUGACCCAAGUGUUGUUAGUACGAGCGUACAACAAUCUUCUGUCAUCACGACUGGCACCAUAACCAGUCCAACGACAAGUUUUGGUGUGAGUACGAAUGAUUUGGUCGAUGGGAGUGGUGGCGGUGAUGACAAUGGUGGUGGUGGUGGUGUUGGUGGUGUUAAUGGAAACACUACACAAAAUGAAGAAGAUUUAGAGUCAUCAUUUAUACAGCGACCGGUUGAUGAGUCAGCAACGGCUGCUAAGAUAUUUGAGGGCCAAAAUGGCUUCGAAGAAUUGCGACGCUACGUGAAACAAGGUGGUGACUUUGGCAAGGAGCUUAUAAUGAUACUACAAGAAAGAGUCGAGUCUGAGACUUUAUACUCGAAAUCUCUCUCGAAAAUGGCCAACAAAUUGAAUAAAGCAUGUCGCGAGCUGCCCGGCAGUAUUGCCGACGCCUGGCGUGGUGUUGCUACCGAAAUGGAGAAUCGCAGCGAUAUACAUCGUCAGUUGUCGGCAUCACUCACAGAUGAAAUUGUAAAACCACUCAAAAAUAUAAUCGAUGCACAUCACAAAACCAGAAAGUCGGUUGAGAGCAACGUCGACAAGGCUGCACGCACGCUAGCCGAGUGGCGCGUGAGCGAGUCCAAGGCAAAGAAAUCAUCGCACACAGCGGCGCGUGAGAAUGAGAAGCUACAAGAUGCCUUACUCGAUGUACGAAUACAGAAAUCUCCCUCGAUUGCGCUACUGCAUCAAGGACCCAACAAAUUGGCUGCCGAAAAAGAGAUCCGAUCGGCAGAGAAGGAUUGCGCUAAGCUGGAUAGCAAACGUAAGAAGGCCGAAGAGGCUGUUAAACGUGCCGAUGUUGAAUAUUAUACACUCUGCAUACGUGCAGAACGCGCACGCGUCGAUUGGGAAAUGGCUGUGCUGCGUGGCUCCUCACUGCUACAGAAUAUCGAAAAUCAGCGCUUGGUUAAUAUGAAAAACUUCAUUGCAAACUAUUCACGACUCACGUCGAAUAUGAAUCCGAUUUUGGAUGGACUCAUGCAACGUUUGCAGCCACAAGUCGAUGCUUGUAAUGUUUUGAAGGAUAUGCAAGUUGUGAAGAAUAUACGUCGCAAUUCAGAGGGUCCCAGCGAACAACUAUUACCCGAUUUCUAUUGUGAACACACCACUUUGGCCAUGAAUCGCGAGAGACGUAAGCAUGCACUCAUCAAGCUGUUGCAAUUGGUCAAAGCAGAUUUGGAACGUGAGCGACGCUCAAGAAAUGGACUAAAGGGUCUCUCCCAGUCGUUGAAUAAUCAGGAAAAUCAAAAUAUCACUGACAAAUUGUACCAUAUACGAUCGAUGCUGACCUAUUUGGAGGGUGCUCGUUUCAAACUGCAUUCAGCUCUCUUGGAACUAGACCACAAACCGAGAUCAUCACAUCCGCUAGCGCAGCACAUACAGGUGACACGCGAUCGCACCGGCCUCCAGCAGAGCGUACUCAAAGUGCCACUUUGGCUGAAGAACAACGACCGUGUUGGCCAAGACGACAACUCAUCCAUGCAAGAGAACGAAUAUGAAUGCAUACCACAAUCGAACAACAACAUAUCCAAUGCCAGCUGUACGGAUCUCAGCAAGGACAUGCUCAUACGCAAAUUCAAUCGCAGUAAGAGCAACAUAGAGACACUCAGUAAUAAGACACAACUGUGCAUAGCGAGUAUUGAUAAGACAAAGACCAUACCGGCGCAUAUCGAUGAUCCGUAUAGUGAUCGCGGACAAGCGGAUGGCGGCUCAAAUCAACAGGACUCAGACUUUGACGAAUUCAGUUCACAGGAUGAAGAUGACGAUGAUGAGGUUGAACAAACGACGACAACAACCGCACAGAGCACCGGACGCAAGGAACACAAGGCGAUUAUCGAGAAGAGCACAAUGUUAGCGAAUGGCACGGCCACAGCUAUGUCUAAUGGUGCCACACCCACGAUCUAUCAAAAUGCCACAGAGGUGCAAAAUGGCCAUCAAACCCAUGCGAAUGGCAAUGCGAAUGGUGCGCCGGUUAUACUCAGCCGUUGCAAAGCGCUCUACAGCUACACACCCAAAUUGUAUGACGAAUUGGAGCUGACGCCGGGCGACAUCAUCGAAGUGCAUGCGAAACAAGAUGAUGGCUGGUGGCUUGGGGCGCUCGGCAAUCAUGUGGGCAUCUUCCCGGCGACCUACGUUGAGGAGUUCGAAUGAGAAAUGCGUUAAAUUUAAUUAAUUAUUACGAUAGUUGUAAAGAGCGGAAAGGUGUGAAUCGAAGAGAGGGUGUAAAGGUUGAGGCAAACAAGUGCUUGUCUACUCGUGUAGGAGUGUGAAAGGUUAAUUGAGGAAAAUUGUAUUUUCGUGCGCUCCACCUGUGCGUAGUUCAGGUGGCUUAGCAUCGUAAGUCGCGUACGCAUUUUCUUCAUAAUCUACAUUAACUUGUCUUCCCUACGACUGCCAACAGUGGACCGAAGAGCGUGCCCUGAAGUUAAAUGUAAUCAAAACAACAAUGUCAAGCUCUCAAACUCAAAUUAGUACUAGAAUAAAUGUUAGUCGCGCGAGAGAAAGAGGCAUUUCGUUGCAGAGAAUUAUCGAUUCGCUAAAACGAAA